CCGGUCAGUUCCCUUCGUUUGCUCGUCGAAAGCUGUGCACGCUGCGGAAGCAACAGCAUCGCUCGUUGCCCAUUAGCAACAACAACACAUCAACCAUUGACAUACCAUUCAACACAGCAACAACAAGGCCGCACCGAGUACGAGACUGAGGCUGAGAUUGGAUUUGAAGUUGGGGGUUCCGGCGGCAAAAGUGCGUUUGAAAUUACCAAAGUUGCCCCAAUUAAAUCGUGCAGCGCGACUACCAAGUUCAAGUUGGAUGUUUCGCUGUGGGAGCGACGUGUUAUUCUUGUGAACGCCUUAAUGCUCGCGAAAACUGGUGCGCGGCGGGCGUAAUAUUCGCCAGUGACUCCGCGUUAAGGCAACUGUUCCUGCGAGCAACUGCGAGUGCGAAGGCAGCUUGCUGUCAUCGGUGGCAAAAAGUAAUAGCAGAAACGUAAGCCAAAUCCGAAACGCCAGAGCCGCCAGAGGUAUUGAGAAUCCGGGAAUUCGAGAACAGGCAUCAGUAGUGACAACUGUAAAAAGUGCGGCUGAAUUGUCGUUUUGCCACCACUUUGACCCAAAUCGCAUUGCAUUCGAGUUGUGCCGGAGUGCGGGUUCUGCGGACGCAUGCCUGAUAGCUUAAUACGAGCCGUGCAUGAUCGAAACUCGCGAGUGCCCGACAAGAAUACAAGAUCCACCAGGUACUGGAAUCCGCUUCAGUAUCCGUUCCGCGCUCAGCCGCACUUGGAAAGUGAUUUACAGUUGGCCGUUUUUCACUAGUAGCGACAGUAAGGACGCAUUGAUUGGCUGCUAACAACACGGGAACCGAGAAGCGGGAAGUGCAAAAACGAAGGACCCUCGCAAGACAUCACGCUGAAAACGAUUCAUCAUCGGCACUACGCUUCUGACAUUGUUCUUCGCAGGCAAGGAGGCAGAACAUCCACUAGAGCAAAUUGAAUGUAAUUUUAUAAAAAGGCGAGUGUUAAUUUUUUGCCAGGCACACAAUACAAGAUAGAUACAGCCAGUGUUACACGGACCCCGACGUGGCUUAAUGUGCUAACACGCAGUGACAUGAAAAAUGAUGAAGACCAUGCAGCUUUUUUCCGCACCGACUGAAUAGAGAGGGAAACCUCGAAGAAAGAAGCUGCAAAUUUGUGAGGAGUGUGAGAGGCGGGAAAGAGCAUUGUGAUUCGCAGGACAACAACGCAUUGACAGACGACGGAAAACGGAGCUUGCAAAAACGGCUGAGCUGCACAUCGCCAUCGGACCAGCAUCAUUUAUCAGCGACGCAUCGCAUCGCAUCAACUAGCAGCAACAACAGCAACAGCAGCAACAUCAGCAGCAGCAGCAGCAAGAGCAGAAAGAGCAACCCGGCGGGGCAUAUGUGCGCCGGAGAUGCCGGCAUUGUGUGGUUGCCGUAGCUGAAAGGAUUCAGCGCGUUCAUUCAAAAACCCAUUAACCCUAAUAAGCAGCCACAAAAGCCAGUCAGACAAUACGCUCCGCCCGCCUAUCGAUGUGCCAGGACAAAGGCCGUGGACAGUAGGCCUUCGGAGGAGGAGAGGAACAACAGGGAAAUCACGGGCCUGGCGAAGGGAGCAAGGAUGCCAAUGGUGCCGCCACGGUUGUUGCUGCGUCUGCGGCGGCCACUGCACCUGAUGGAGCUGCGCAUCCUGAUGCUCUGCCUGCCGACGCUGCUCCUGGCCACCACCCUCGAGCCAGAUCAAAAGUCAAUACUCACUGAUAACGAUUGGAAAAAGCUAUGGAUGCGCGGCGGUAUAAAUGGCGAUUCAAAAUUGGAUAAUAAUCUCGACUCGAGCGACAGUCCAAUGUUUGAAGACAGUGAGCUGAUGGCGCACAACACCACCGUCCAGCUGGGUGGCACCGCCUUUCUGGUCUGCAAGGUCUCCGGUGUGGACAGAGUGGGUGUAAAUUGGAACCAAAUAUCUUGGAUCCGCCGCCGGGACUGGCACAUCCUGUCGUCCGGGGCCCAGCUCUACACGAACGACGAGCGCUUCGCCAUACUGCACACGCCCGGCUCCAACAUGUGGACUUUGCAGAUAAAGUUUGUGCAGCGCCGGGACCACGGCAUGUACGAGUGCCAGGUCUCGACACCGACAGGCAUCAUUUCCCACUUUGUGAAUCUUCAAGUGGUUGUUCCAGAGGCAUUCAUACUGGGCUCCGGCGAGCUGCAUGUCGACAUGGGCUCAACAAUUAAUUUAGUUUGCAUUAUUGAAAAGAGUCCUACACCACCGCAGUACGUGUACUGGCAAAAGAACGAUCGCCUGAUCAACUACGUCGACUCCCGUCGGGACAUAACCAUUGAGACGACCCCGGGACCACGCACUCAGAGCCGUCUGAUCAUCCGGGAACCGCAGGUCACGGACUCCGGCAACUACACCUGCUCGGCCAGCAACACGGAGCCGGCGAGCAUCUACGUCUUCGUGUCGAAAGGCGACAAUAUGGCGGCAAUCUCGCGUCGGAAGACCUCCUCAGCCGAUCGCCUGACGCACAUAUUUAGGUCGAUGCUGGCGCCCUGUCUUCUGCUGAACACGGUUGUUGUGAGACAUAUCUUUCUGACCUAAGCGGACCUUCUGUGCGGCCGAGGCGAACGGAAGGACGGCGACAAGGAAAUCCUAUUUAAGCUAUUUCAGUGUUAGAACUAUGGCUGCCGAAACAGAGUUAAUAACUGAAUAACCCCCAGUCUAGGAUAAUUGCUAAGCUAAGCUCAGUAAGAGAUGCGCACUCAAGUGUAAAGAUCAUGUUAAGCCAAUCGUCGUGUGCAUACACUUGCGAGUGUACUUAACUUGUUUGUGUGCCAGACAGUUACCCGUACAUCUAGACCAGUUUGGAUAAGAAUUGGCUAUGUUAAUAACCUUGUUCCCGUUGAUUUUGUACAGUAUGUUUAAGGUUUUCAGAGUUUGUAAGUUUCUUUUAUGAAUAACGCUCGGUUAAAUUUCCUCAAGCUCCUGGGUUACCGUCAUCGAUGUUACGUAUAUGUGUAGUGCACUUUUACUUGUUCGGUGAGCUAAAAGCAAAAUCUUAUUUUAUAUGCCUUUGUUUAGUCAAGAUCAAUGCUUUGCAACCCAAAAAUUUGAAUUUGUAUAAGUACCCGGUUUAAGGCCAUUUGAAGAAGUAUAUACAUAUAUAUAUGUUUGAACAAAAACACAUUAAAACGAUAUUAUAACUGUUACUAAUGGCUAAUUAAAAACUAAGCAAAAAAGCAGCAGAAACGUCCAACACAAAAGACGGCAUAAACAACCGGGACGAUAUUAUCGUUAACGAGCAUAAAAACGAGACCAUCAACUCCUAUUAAUUAAUUAUGUUAUUAAGUUUGUAUAUACAUUUUAUUGCACUCACAAGAGCACUACAAAGUGUGCCGGAAAAUUUAUUUAAAUUGUGUAAAUAAAAAGGAAAUCAUACAGCUCCAACCACAACCCAUUCAGCUGACUAAAAAUGUGCAAUAUUACCCAUAUUACUAAUAUUACCCAUACAGCCCAGGGCCCGUGGACAGAAUAGGGAUGGCGAGCUGGAGGGAAAUGAGGUGUACGAGAAUGCGGACACUUAAUGGGCUUUGAAACUGUCAAAAUCAAGCUGUAAUUAAUUGCAAAAGCACAAAAGAGAGAGUCGAGCGGGCUGGGGCAAAACCCUAGCCAUAAUGUGGAACAAUGGAUAGUUUAAAUUCGUCACUCUGCCAAAUCGGAAAAUUGAAAAUAAUUACUUAGCAAGCAGAUAUCUAGCAUGGUAAUAUAAUUAAAUUCUAUACAUCGUACGUGAAUUCUGACCUGGCACUGGCCGGGAACAAUGUGCCGAAGUAUCUUAUGGAACUCCAGCGCUUGUGCCCCGCCUGUGCCGCCGCCCUGAGACACCUCAAUCAUGAAACAAAAAUCUACGUAAAAUAUUAUGUACAACUUCUCGACUGUUAAAUAAACUUAGGCUGGCUCCAUAUCGGCUGCAGGCUGCACUUACGAUAGAAUACAAUAUAGAGGAUCCGCUCCAGUUCAAAUUGAUGUGUUGUCAGACCUAGCCAGCCUAGUAACUAUCAUUCGUUCAGUGUCGGUACGUAAUUUACAAACAAAGAAACAAGCAAACAAACUGUAAGGGACGGGACACCAUUUGAAGUUUGAAUACAUUCAUUAGAGCGAACCCACAGCAAACCUAAAAUCGUAGCUUAAUCAUUAAUAAACUAUUGAUAAAACAAAAAUACUAAGCGAUGUCACACCCUCUUUGAUGUGUCUGUAUGUGUAUGCGUAUGCCCAAGGCCCGUUGGACAAUUUAAAGGUUAAAGUUAUUCAAUUCCAUUGAAAUAUAAUGAAUUAAACGAAGGAUUUAGUUGAUUUUUACUGUUAAGCAUUUCCACUGUAAAUAUUUUGUACUUACAUAUGUAUAUCGAAUGGCCGGUAAUGGGCACUCGUCAAAUAAUGAAAAUCACAAGCGAAAGCAAAGAGAAAUGGUGAUAGGUUAUUGUACUCUUUGUGUGGAAACAGCAGAAACUAAACAAAAGCCCAUGCCCAUAUAGGAUCAUCAAGUUGUUUUCAAUAUAAGUGCUCGAGCAAAUAAUUGUAAAAUUUCAACUUGCAACAAUUUGACGAAUAUGAAUUUAAUAAUAGUACAGAUAUGAAUAAAUCCACAUAAAUCCAGACCUACAUUGUGCUUGCACGCACAAAUACAAAGAAAGUGGGCGACAGAAAAUUCCAAAGCAGCAAUGCGUGAAUAACAAUACGAAAGCAUUGAAAUAAAUCAAGUGAUUAUCAUUGAAAAAUAAA